AUGACUAAAAAGAAUGAUGAGAACGCGUUUAUCAAGGGGCUCAUUGUCAACAGGUUCGCCAAUGAAAGAGAUGCUCAUGUUUGGCUUGGAGCUACAGAUGAAAUAACCGAAGGGGAGUUCGUCUGGAAUGUCAGUAAUCAAAAGGUCAACUACACAGACUGGGGUCCUGGAGAGCCCAACAGCAAUGCACUCAACAUCCGAGAGGACUGCCUGGUUUACUGGGCUCACUACAGCUGGAAAUGGGCUGACUUGGACUGCCAUCAGAAAUGCUAUUUUGUGUGUGAAAUGCCGUAA